AUGGCCCAGGGCGGAGUAACGGAGGGCGACAUGCAGGCGGCGAUGAAGUUGCUGUGUGGUGCACCGGUGCACUACAGCACUGACAGCGAGGUCGAGGCGGCUGUCGCAUUGCUGCUGGAUUGGGUGAGGGGCUUGGGCUCUUCUGGCACACUUCCUGGAGCCGUCACGGUGGCACGGUCAACCGGUGGGUACUUGCCGCCAAGGUAUCUUGACAGGCUCAGUCCGCUGGCGGAACGGCUUGCCGAAGCUUUGGGUGCCGAGCCUCCGACGUGGGUGCCAUGCUCCAGUUGCGUCGAUCUGAAUCUCGUCAAUGACUUGGGUGUCGAUGCCGAGGUGUUUUGGCUCGAUGAGUUUUGGCUCGGUGAGGACGGGCACGACCCACUGGUACCCAUAACGGGGCUAGGGAAGGGUGCUCGGCACACAAUGGACAGCUUCAGCGGGCACACAUUCCUCGUCCGCAGCGGCGGCGGAAGCGAACUCGUUCCGGAGGCUUCAGAGACAUGGAGGAUGGUAUCUGUGACUUUUGGCGAGGCAUGGCAGGAGGUGAGGCUGUCAAUGUCGCCAGUCGUGAGAGCUCCUGCACAGCGUGGCCGCACUGCUCGGCCUCCACAUCCGCCGCAAGGAGAGCUCUGA